CCAUUCUUCUCUUCAAGCUUAAGCACGGUUUUUGUUGUGAUCCAGUAUGCUAUUUGUUUAGGUAGAGAAGACUCUGCGAGUGACCCCAACGUCGAUCGUCAGCUCUUGCACUGAAGGCCAACGACGCCCCCUUGGCAACUACCAUCAUUCAUCUUUACAAGUAGAACAAGUUAUGCUAGGCUACGCGGGGGCGCUCCUUGUGGCGCUGGCGCUGCUAGCAACAGGCGCAAAUGCAGUGCAGGACACCAAAUUUGGGUCCGAGGACCUCAAAACUGUGUUGGAGCGCAUCGCGGUGAACAAGGAGGUGAUGGCCGCAGUCUCUAACGGCGCGCUGAUCACGCCUGAUGGCAAAUUUGGCAUGCUUAAGCUGUGGAUCGACGGCUGCCAGCGGGCGGGCGUUAAGAACUUCAUGGUCAUUGCAAUCGAUGAUGAGGUGGCCAAGGCGUGCGAGAACCUGGGGGUGGCGUACUGGCGCCGCACGCCCAAGGCUACAGCCGACAAGGCGGCUUCCAACCACGGGAUUAGCGCACAGAAGUUCCAGCUCAUCAAGGAGUUCUUGACGCUCGGGUUCUCGGUGCUCCUAUCGGACGUAGAUAUCGUGACUCUCCAAAACCCAUUCGACCACCUGUACCGCGAUGAGGACGUGGAGGCUUUAAGUGACGGCUACGACGAGGGGACUGCCUACGGCUGGGACGACGUGUACGACGACCCCACGAUGGGCUGGUCGCGCUGGGCGCACACCAUUCGCGUGUUCACACUCAACUCGGGCCUCUUCUACAUCCGCCCCAAUGAGCGCACCAUCGGGCUCAUGGACCGGAUCACCGACCGUCUCAACAAAAACAAGGAGUGGGACCAGGCCGUGUUCAACAUGGAGAUCUGGUUCCCCAGCCAUGAUAACUACAAGACCAGCCGCAUCUCAGUCCGCAUUAUGAACAUUGACAAGUUCAUGAACUCAAAGCGCCUGUUCAGGACCGUCAGAUACGAGCCGCAGUACGCCAACCAUGUGCCAGUCAUGAUCCACGUCAACUAUCACCCGGACAAGUUCCAGCGCAUGCAGUCCAUCUGGGCAAAGUAUGUGGAGGGCGACAAGACGGCGUUGGACAAGUAUCCAGUGGGCAGCUGCUUCAAUGCUCCGGACUGCUGAGCAAGUGGAUGGGCUAUUGACGGUGCGGGCGCAGUGCUUUAGCGUCGGCCACCGUUCAUGACUGCGUGCGGAAUGUGCCGAGCAUGAGGCAGCAGGCCAACUAUGUGAUGGGUGUGGCGGAGUCCCGUGGCUAAUAUAGUGCAGUUCGGACAAACAAUGAGCUGAGUCCCCUGCCCGCCGACACGUCAUUUGGUGGACGUGUGCAGGUUUUUUAUAGGGCGAAUUUUAUAACUCCUUGAAAAGCAUAGCACAAGACAUGGCUGCCUCCGCGCUCGGCGUUUGCAGUGGCCUGCCAGAACAAAGAAUGGUGUGCAGAAUGGUGUGACCGUAUUCCGUUCACGGGCACCGGGCAUCCAAGGUAACUUGUGCCUGCAGAACCUAAAUCAUUUGAGUCAGGUUACUAGUCCUUUUCUUUAACUCCUCGCGCCUUGGAAGGCCACACAAACCUUGCAUUCUUGCUAAGAGGCCUUCCCAUUCAGGAUUGCUAGGAUGUAUUCGCUGAUGCCUUAACAUACAAGCGCGCCCAUCAAUUACCAAAGCAGUCAGCGCUCCUGGCCGUGUGGGCUCGCGCGGCUCUCGGGUGUCCAGGCGCUUAUGAGCUCUAUUGUCGUAUAAUGCAGGUAUGUCUCUUAUUGAACCU